AUGUCCAUCAUCCACGACACUUCUCGUCCCAUCCGCGAGCGGAUGGAAGCGUUGGUAAGAUUGAAGCAAAAGGAGAUUACCGACGGUCUUACCGAAUUAGAUCCUACAGGAUUUCGGACAGAUUCAUGGACUAGAGGUGAAAAUGGUGGAGGAGGACAGUCGAUGGUAUUGGCAAACGGUACCACGUUCGAGAAGGGAGGUGUGAACAUUUCGGUGGUGCACGGCUCUUUGCCUCCUCAGGCAGUUCAAAGAAUGAGAGCAGACCACAAGAACUUGCAGGGAAGUGCUGAUGGAUCCGUCAACUUCUUUGCAUGUGGACUUUCCAUGGUGAUUCACCCUAGAAACCCCCAUGCGCCAACCACGCACUUGAACUACCGCUACUUUGAAACCACCGAUCCCGUAUCUAACGAGGUGACCGCUUGGUGGUUUGGAGGAGGAGCUGACUUAACACCUUCGUACUUGUACGAGGAAGAUGCACGUCAUUUCCACCAACAGCACAAAGAUGCAUUGGACAAGUACGACACUGAGUUGUAUCCCGCGUGGAAGAAGUGGUGUGAUAAGUACUUCUACAUCAGCCACCGUAACGAAACCAGAGGUGUUGGAGGCAUUUUCUUCGACGACUUUGACUCCAAGUCGCCAGACGAAAUCUUGUACAUUGUGGAGUCGUGCUUCGAUGCUUUCUUGCCCGCAUACGUUCCAUUGGUGGCCAAGCAUAUGAACCAGGAGUUCACUGCGGAGCAGAAGCAGUGGCAGCAGAUCAGAAGAGGUCGUUAUGUGGAGUUCAACUUGGUUUUGGAUAGAGGCACCAAGUUUGGCUUGCUGACUCCUGGCUCAAGAGUUGAGAGUAUCUUGAUGUCGCUUCCAGCUACUGCCAGCUGGGAGUACGAUCACCAUCCUGAGCCUGGAAGCGAGGAGGAGAAGCUUUUGAAGGUGUUGCAGAACCCUGUUGACUGGUUGUAA